AUGAAUCAUGGGUCAUUUGGCGCAUCUCCCAAAGCAAUUCGUGACCUAGCAGAUCGGCUGCGCGAUGAAUGCGAAGCUACACCAUGCCCAUUUAUCAAGUACCGCUUCCCUGAACUAUUGAAUGCAUCACGGGUUGCUGCAAGUGAGCUUCUUAAUGCUCCUCUAUCCACUAUUGUCUUCGUCGCCAAUGCUACGACCGGAGUCAAUACUGUUUUGCGCAAUAUAGUCUGGAAUGCCGAUGGACGAGAUGAAAUUCUCCAAUUGGAUGUAAUCUACGGCGCAUGUGGUAAAACCACAAAUUAUCUAUGCGAAGCCAAUCAAGGGAAAGUACACACAAGGGAGAUUCACCUCAACUAUCCUGUUGAUGAUGCCGAGAUUGUUUCCGGGUUUCAACGAGCGAUUGAAACGUCUCGUCAACAAGGCCGCCGUCCGCGGAUCGCGAUAUUUGAUACAAUCUCCUCCAACCCCGGACUCAGGCUUCCAUUUGAGGAGCUCACUGCUCUUUGCCGCACAGAAGGAGUGUUGAGUUUGAUCGACGGGGCCCAUGGUAUUGGUCAGAUUGAGCUUAAUCUCUCCUCUUUGGACCCGGACUUCUUUAUCAGCAAUUGCCAUAAAUGGCUUUUCACACCUCGUGCAUGUGCGGUUUUCUAUGUCCCAGAGCGCCACCAAGCUAUGAUGCGAAGCACCUUACCAACUAGUCAUGGCUUUAUUCCUCAUUCCCCGCCGACCACCAAUUGUGCUAGUGAUGGGUCGGAGUUUGUCUCGAAUUUUGAGUUCAUCGGAACGACCGAUAAUCUCGCUUUUUUAACUGUCGCUGAAGCAAUUCGUUGGCGACAGACCAUCUGCGGUGGUGAAAGAAAGAUCAGAGAUUAUUGCACUCGACUAGCCCGAGAAGGCGGACUAAGAGUGGCAAACAUCCUGGGAACUCGGAUUCUCGAUAAUGAUGCACGCACGUUGACAAAAUGCUUCAUGAUAAACAUACUGCUUCCUCUGAAUUGGCCGACUUCUGGCAAAGGUAGCCUUGUCAAAGAUGGCGAUUUCCCCGGUGCUACCGUGACGGAUUGGAUGCAGAAAACCAUGAUCAAAGAGUACAGCACAUUUAUGCCUGUCUUUCCAUUUCAGGGAUCUUGGUGGGUCCGUCUCAGUGGACAAGUUUAUCUUGAAACAAUCGAUUUUGAAUGGGCUGGCUGGAGAUUGAAAGAGUUGUGUAAAAGGUUAGAGGAACAAAGCUCGAUGUAA